AUGGAUUUAAGAUGUGUGAGUGAGGAUAAGAAAAAAACCGCCUCCACGGGUCAUGAUGAAAUGGUAGUUUCACAAGAACAACAGGCUAAGAUCACGAUCACUGAGGUGAGAGAGUUGAUAGGGCAGUUAUCAGAUAAGGAAUCUGUGUACUGUUCUGAUGCAUCCAUUUCAAGUUAUUUAAUGUCACGCAAUUCGAAUGUUAAGAAAGCAGCUCAAAUGUUGAAACAAAGUAUGAAAUGGAGAAAAAAAUUCAAACCGGAAGAGAUCCGCUGGAUGUACGUUGCUGCUGAUGAAGAGUCAGGGUCGAUUUAUCAGGACAAGUACGGGAGAACAGUGAUUGUAUCAACACCUAGACGCAUGAACUCAAAAUCAACAGAGAGACACAGGUUAAUUAAGCAUUUCGUACACUGCUUGGAGAAUGCCAUUUUAAACCUUCCACCACACCAAGAACAGUUGGUUUGGCUGAUAGAUUUAAAUGGUAUCAAGAUGUCGGAUAUAGCGUCAUUAUAA